AUGAGUGCCUCCCGGCCCCAGUUCAGCAUUGAUGACGCCUUCGAGCUGUCCCUGGAGGACGCGGGCCCUGGGCUCGAGCCCAGCGGGGUCGCCCGCUUCGGGCCGCUGCACUUCGAGCGCCGGGCCCGGUUCGAGGUGGCCGACGAGGACAAGCAGUCCCGGCUGCGCUACCAGAACCUGGAGAACGACGAGGAUGGAGCCCAGGCCUCUCCAGAGCCGGAUGGGGGAGUCAGCACCAGGGAUUCUGGCCGAACAUCCACCCGCAGCUCCCAGUGGUCAUUUGGCAGCAUCAGCAGCAACACUCAGCGCUCCUACAACGCCUGCUGCAGCUGGACUCAACACCCUUUGAUCCAGAAGAACCACCGAGUAGUGCUAGCCUCCUUCCUGCUUCUCCUGCUGGGGCUGGUGCUGAUCCUGACCGGCGUGGGACUGGAGGUGGCCCCCUCGCCAGGUGUUUCCAGCGCCAUCUUCUUCGUGCCGGGCUUCCUGUUGCUGGUCCCAGGAGUCUACCACGUGAUCUUCAUCUACUGCGCCGUCAAGGGUCACCGGGGCUUCCAGUUCUUCUACCUGCCCUACUUCGAGAAGUGA